CUUCCUUCAAGAUCUGUACAAACAAACCUGUACUUCACUCACUUUCUUCCUCUCAUUUCCCUCUUCUCCAAAACCCUUUUCAGAACUUCAAAUCUUAGGGCUUUUUUCUGUCAAUCGUAUCAGCUUUCGUCACUUGUAUACCCAAACUGCAUCAUCACUCAAUCGUUAAUAUUUGUCGUAAUUAAUAAACGAAUAUUCACUUCCAUUCUACCGGAGAACAUGAAUUCAGAUUUUGAAAUGUCCGAAAUGCAUCAGAAGCUUCCGCCGCCGCUUCAGCAGCAGAAAUUCAUGGUGCAGAAUUCUCCUCCUCCCUCGUCUGUAUACUUAUUCCCCGCGAACCCAAAUCUCAAUCUUCUGCAACAAUCAAAUCCUUUCCAAUAUUUCCAAGAGCAUCAUCUCAUUGAGCCUUUUUCCGACACCAUACGCGAGAGUAACCUUCAGUCUGCGGUGAGUAAUGAUAACCUGUUGCACCAUUUGAGCUUCAGGGUUGGGUCAUGCCAGGAGACCCAGAGAAAUUGUGGGCCGGGUGGUGGAGGAGACGUAGGCGGCUGCCCUGAAGAUUAUUUGGCAUCUGGCGGCAAUCGGCACGACGGUUCUCCGGAUCUGAUGACCCAGUGUUGGGAGAAUCAAGAAGAUUCUGCUCUAAAACAACGUUUUUGGAUGCCCCUAAGUACAGAAUCUCCCGAGGGGAAUCAGAAGGAAAGCCCCAAAGAAACAAUCUUCGAGGAAAUGAGAAAGCAACAAGAAACGAGUGAAGAAGAACCCAACCAAAAAACUGAGCAGAACACCGCCACACACAGCUUCUUUGAAGGUGAGCCAGAAGAAGCAACUUUCCAAUGGGGUGACAUUAAUGCAGAGACUACCCAAACAACAGUUUCUGGCUCAGAAGAUGCAAAGGGAAGAAGGAAAAGAAAGAGGAGAAAAUCAAUGAAAGACUGCAGUGGUGAGUAUGCAUCCAUGGCGGAAUUCAUGGAGAGGUCAGUGAAGAGGCUAAUGGAUCACCAGGAAGGACUUCACAACAAGUUUCUGGAAAUGAUAGAGAGACUGGACCGUGAGAGGGUUGGGAGGGAAGAGGCUCGGAGGAAGGAAGAAUUGAUGAAUCUUGAGCGUGAAGCCAAAGCUAGAGCUAACCAGAGAGCCUUGGCUUCUUCGAGAGAGGCUGCCAUUAUUUCCUACUUGGAGAAAGUGACUGGACACCGGAUCAGUCUUCCUCCUAAAGAGCCUCCAUCACACACCUGAGGAAAAUAUUCCAUUUUUGGUCCCGUGGAUUUCAAGGCCAUUCUCACAUUUUAUCCAUAACUUUCAUUUUUUCAUUUUUGAUACAUGACUUGAGUUUUUGCCACUUCUUGUCCUUUCUGACCACUUACCUGGCAAAAAUCAACCAGAAAUUGUUGGGUAAUUGACCAGAAAAGGAGUCCGAAGGAAACAAUAAGUGACAAUAAAUCUCUGUUCAUGAGACCAGAUGUGGAAAAUUGAAUGUUUAGUCCCAAAAACGUGAAUGAUCUCAUAGUCACGGGGCGAUGACUGAUUAAAUCCACAGGAGACUACAAUGUCUAGAAACUUUAUAUGGCUUGCGUGGGAUGACAUGGAAUGACAGAUCAAGGAGAGGAAAGAAAUGUUAGUCAGAGGCGAUCAGAUGGAUCAGAGCAGUUUGGGUGGAAUGCGGAAGGAAGAAUUCUGCCUUUCUGAGUAUUUAUGCAUGGAAAAUAUAUAAUUUUGUUGCAGCUCCCGAGGAAUCCUCAAGCAACACUUUUAGAAAGUGACGUAACUCCGGGCCGUUUUUUUCUUUACAUUUUCUUGAAGCAAUCUGUACUCCUUAAAAUGUACUACGUAACAGAUAUUUAAGGAAUAAUGUUUAGGAGUACCAAAUUUGAACACGCUAUGUUUUUGUUGGGUUUACGUAGAGCCGGUCUGCUGCCUUGGUUAGGUUGUUUGGUUUUGAGGGC